CCUGCGCACCGGAGGCCGGAGGAGUCUUACCCUAAUGUAAGAUGGUGGCCCGUCUGGCUGUGGAACCCACCGAAAGCUGAGAGUCUGUCUCUCAGCCGUAAAGGUCGGACUCGCUGAAGCAAUCAGGCCCGGUUCUGAAGAGUUUUUUCCCCGACACUCGUUCAGUGGUCUCUUGUGAGGACGCGGCAGCGCGUGGAGUCGGCUAAGGGAAAAGCGAGGCAAGGCAGGCGGGUCUUUGAAGUUCUACAGUCUAGCUCUCAGUGCUGAACUUCCUUCUCCCUUAAGUUAUUAUAAACUUUUGCUGCUGUUCAAUAAUCGUGAAGAUGUCUCGCAGUCCUGAUGCGAAGGAAGACCCUGUGGAAUGUCCUCUUUGCAUGGAGCCCUUGGAGAUAGAUGAUAUCAACUUUUUCCCUUGCACCUGUGGCUAUCAGAUUUGCCGAUUUUGUUGGCAUCGAAUUCGCACUGAUGAAAAUGGGCUUUGUCCUGCAUGUAGAAAGCCAUAUCCAGAAGACCCAGCAGUUUAUAAACCACUCUCCCAGGAAGAAUUGCAGAGGAUAAAGAAUGAGAAAAAACAGAAACAGAAUGAGAGAAAACAGAAAAUAUCAGAAAAUCGCAAACAUUUGGCUAGUGUACGUGUUGUACAAAAAAACCUCGUCUUUGUUGUAGGUCUGUCUCAGCGCCUAGCAGACCCUGAGGUUUUAAAACGACCAGAAUAUUUUGGGAAGUUUGGUAAAAUACAUAAAGUUGUCAUCAAUAAUAGCACAUCAUAUGCAGGCUCACAGGGUCCAAGCGCCAGUGCUUAUGUAACCUAUAUCCGGUCAGAAGAUGCUCUCAGAGCCAUACAGUGUGUCAACAAUGUGGUAGUAGAUGGCAGAACACUUAAGGCAUCUCUAGGUACAACAAAAUACUGCAGUUACUUCUUAAAGAAUAUGCAGUGUCCGAAGCCUGACUGCAUGUAUCUACAUGAAUUGGGGGAUGAGGCGGCCAGCUUCACAAAAGAGGAAAUGCAGGCGGGUAAACACCAAGAAUAUGAACAGAAACUACUUCAAGAAUUGUAUAAAUUAAACCCCAAUUUUCUUCAACUGUCCACGGGUUCAGUUGAUAAGAAUAAGAACAAAGUGACGCCACUGCAGAGGUAUGAUACCCCCAUUGACAAACCUUCAGAUUCUCUCAGUAUAGGGAAUGGUGAUAAUUCACAGCAGAUAUCUAACAGUGAUACGCCUUCACCACCACCUGGUUUAUCAAAAUCCAACCCUGUCAUCCCCAUCAGUUCAUCCAAUCACAGUGCACGGUCUCCUUUUGAAGGGGCAGUAACUGAGUCACAGUCGUUAUUCUCAGAUAACUUUCGCCAUCCCAACCCGAUCCCAAGUGGGCUUCCUCCUUUCCCCAGCUCCCCACAGACGUCCAGUGACUGGCCUACAGCACCAGAGCCACAGAGUCUCUUCACAUCAGAAACAAUCCCGGUAUCGUCCUCCACAGACUGGCAAGCAGCAUUUGGCUUUGGUUCUUCUAAACAACCAGAGGAUGACUUGGGUUUCGAUCCCUUUGACGUCACUCGAAAAGCCUUAGCAGACCUGAUUGAAAAGGAACUGUCAGUCCAAGACCAGCCUUCCCUUUCGCCCACGUCUCUUCAGAACUCCUCUUCACACACUACAACCGCCAAAGGUCCGGGCUCUGGAUUCCUGCAUCCUGCUGCACCGACAAACGCCAACUCUCUCAAUAGUACCUUUUCAGUCUUGCCACAGAGGUUCCCUCAAUUUCAGCAGCACCGAGCAGUUUAUAAUUCAUUCAGUUUUCCAGGCCAGGCAGCCCGCUAUCCUUGGAUGGCCUUUCCACGCAAUAGCAUCAUGCACUUGAACCACACAGCAAACCCCACCUCAAAUAGUAAUUUCUUGGACUUGAAUCUCCCGCCACAGCACAACACAGGUCUGGGAGGGAUCCCUAUAGCAGGGGAAGAAGAGGUGAAGGUUUCGACCAUGCCACUGUCAGCCUCUUCCCAUUCAUUACAACAAGGACAGCAGCCUACAAGUCUCCACACUACUGUGGCCUGACACCAGAACUGAGAGGAGAGGAUUAGACUCUGGGGUGCUUGCAUGGGCAACCGGAUUUUUGCAUGAUUCCUUUCUGAUUUCGCAUUUAAUGUAUACACCCAAAAGAGCCAAUAUAAACGUUCCUCAUGCCUACAACUAGUGUGUUACCUCAUAGUUGCUAAAGUAUUUCUUCUUUAGGCCUUUAACACUAUUUAUUAGCAUAAUAAUUUUGGCAUUGUUUCUCAUGAGUGAUACUAUUUUUAACUCACACAAAUAAACUUGUAGUACUAAUUAAGAUCCCAGAUGAGAUUAGCUAGAAUUGUUCUUAUUUUGGCUCUAUUAUUGAAAUUAUGCAAAGAUAAUGGUAGUUCCUUGUUUUCUGAUUUGUGAAAAAAAUGGUAAUAUCCUAAUAUACUCAUGAAAAAUUUGAAAAUUUAAGAAGAUAAUGUCUAUUGCAUUUCUUUGAAUACUUGAGAAGAAAGAAUACAUACAACACAAAACUGGUGGUGUCGCUUAAUGCUCAGAAGGAUGUUGUCAGCAUUUAUUUUUAGUUGUAUGGAUUUAUAUCCUAUAUGAAUGCAUUACGUGUUUAGAAACUGUUUUUGUUGUCUCUCAUUUGCACAUUUGCACUUUCUUUCUGAAUGGUUGUUAAUUAUAUACAGAAGGUUAAAAGAUAAUUAUUAUAGACUAAAUGCAAUAUCUCUUUUCUAAUGCACUGCCUAGUAUACCAGGAAAUGCCUCAGAAACAGAAUUUCAACUUACAGUUGAUUUAUCAGAAACUUGAAUUUGGGGUAAACAUUGUAUGUAAGAAGCAACCAUAGUAGUGUGACAUUUUUAUGGAACAACUGGUAGUUGUGUGAGAUACCUGUUUGAAACUUCGUUGUUUAAUAAUUGAAAUGUGAUAAUAAAGCUCUAUUACAAGUACCUGGCCAGAAUGAGACUAAGGUGGAGGAGAAGAGAUGGAGGAGCCUCUAAAAUUAGGCCAUGUGGGUUGUCCUAGGAAAUUUUAGUCUCAGAGUAUAGUGGCAUACUCUGUUAGGACAUAAUGUGAAGUGAUGUUUUCGGAUAAUACACUUUUUGACCUAGUUUGAAAGCUGAUAAUGAAGGAAAAUAAACAAUUAAAUUCUGAGCGGUGAACAGAAACUGAUUCAGAAAACAUGACCGUAUUCUGCCUACAUGAAGCAUCUGGAAAGAAAGGGGAAAGUCCGCUCUCCUCUUGACAUUUUCAGAAAACAAUUGUGAUAAAAGCUAUGCCUUUAUUUUUUGAAAAGUAUUAAAAGAGUAACAUGAAUACCAAAAAAGGAAGCCUAAGUAUUUAAAAUAAUGAUAAUUUUAAAACAUGUUAUUAGGAAGUGAUACUUAAUAUCAUGUUGGAGUUUUCAAGGGUACCUCUUCAUAUGAAGUCUGAUUAUUUUCUGUUAGGCAUAAUAAGCAAAUUAGAUGGUUUUGUCCUCAGGUAUAGCAGGUAAACUAAAAUCUGUUUUUUAGUUAACCUUCGCUUUGGUUAACUGAGCGUGUAGGAACAGCUAAUUAUCUAGCCAUUUAAAUUUUUUUUUUUUAAUUCUGCAUAAAUGACAAUCUGUAAUUUCUAUUCAGAAGUGAUUUUAGGGCAGCAUUACAAGAAAUAUAGAAAAUAUAAAUAAAAUAUUGUAGCCUUCUUAGAAGCCUUUUAUCAUGAGUUAAUCAUGGUUCCAUUUUGCUCUAAGAGGUCAAGACAUCCACUUACUGUCUCCUGUGAUGUUAAGGUUUCUAGGCUUUGUUAACAAACUUGGGCUUCCUGUAAUGAAACUUACUAGUACCUGGCUUUCUCCAGCCCUCAGUGCAAGCCUUUCAGUGCCUGGAUCUUCUUACAAAGACAAAUGGUUCGCUCCCAUUUACUUUUACUUCUCUGUGUUGAGAGAGAGAUAACACGUGUUAAACAGUGCUUCUUUCCUGUGGUCACUUUCUCUCUCCUUUCUCCUUCCUAGCCAGGUCCAAAAAAGUGUCAGGUGGUUUGUCUAGACUUGCUAGGACCCAGAACUCUCUCCGGUUUGCUUCUGUAUCCUCUACACUUUGACACACACCAUACAUCAGGAAAAUGCUUCUUGGGCAUUUAGGCUUCAGCUUACAUAUUUUCACAUUGAAUAGCUGAAGAUUAUCCUUUAACUUUGUGAUUUCAAGACCUUGUAAACCUAGAAUAAUAAGCCUCACCGUUUUGCUUAUUUAAUAUUCCAUAUAGUAUGUUUCUUUUUUGAAAUGAAGUCUUGAAAUCAAGUUGUAAUGAAUUAUAUUAAAGCCCGAAGAAAUGACAACACAGGAGAAAGUACUGCUUGACAUAGCAAGUAAAUUGAUGAAACCAAAUAAAUGAUGGUAAAGAGUGAAAAAUUCUAAAAAGCUUCAGAUUAAUUUUUAUUAAAUUCCUGCAUGAUUGUUGUGUCAUGCACGAGGGAAGCUUUUUACGCUUUUACAUCCUAACUUUUAAAAAAUUACUAGUCUGUUUCUUAAUUCGGGAGUUUUUAAAGCCAGAGUUCAGAACCCUUUGGAUGUACUAGCAAAGUUAGGAAUUUGUAUGUAUGUACAGCUGUCCACUUUUUUCUGGAGGGAAAACCCAUAGUUACAGAUUUAUAAAGGGUUUGGUGACACUUUCUCCCCCCUCCCCCCCCCCGAAGAAAAGUUAAGAACUGCUAACUUGAAAUGGUUUUAGUGCCACUGCAAGAAAUAGAGACCUGGAGUGAAUGAUUUAAGUCACGAUGAAUGUCAAGUGCCUCUUUUUAUUUUCUUAAAGAUUCCAUUAGAAAAUACUUUCUGAUUAAUACUUUUCCUUUUCAUUCUGCUGUUGCAUUUUGUUUUUCCAGGUGGUGCUUUUAUAUAUUCUCCUCUUAUUUCAACAGAGUAUUAAUCAAAUAUCUGAGUGCCUAUUCUGUGUAGUGACCUGAGUUAGGUCUUGAGGGAUACAAGGUUGAAUGAAGCACAGAUCCUAUCGUCAAGGAUAACAGUCUAGUGACAGUUUUAUUUCAAAUGGUUUCUAUAGGGUCAGCUCUUAAUAUAACAAUGAGAACAGCCAUAGCAGCCAAGACUCAUUUUAUUAUUCAUCACUCUGACAGUGGCAACAAAGGGUAUUAAAUAGCUGAAAUUUUUAAAUAGAUGAUAAUUUGGAAGGAGUGAAAAAAAUCUUACUAGGGAAGACAUACAUUCGUGAUUCUAAUUUAAGUAUCUUAGUCGUAUAUAUAUGCUCAUGUCUCUAACUCUUAGUGUCCUGGGUGUUAAGUAGAGCUUUCUAUAUAUAUGUUCUUUUAAAGAAAACACUUGAAUGCAUUGUGGCCAUGCCCAUUUUUACUGGCAUGGUUCCUAUUUGUACUGUGUUCCAAGCACCUUCAGGAUUGCCAGAGCUCUCUUUUGCUGUGAUACAGGUCCAUAGGGAGCUACUCCCACAGAGGCAUUGCCUCAGAAAGCCAAGAAAAAGGAAUGAAUUGCAGGUGCAUAGAAAUCUUAAAAUGAAGACCACUCUGUUAUAUGUGCAUACAUUAAAAACUGGGGGAUGUUUUAUCUCGUUGAGUUACAAGGUUUUAAAUUUUUUUAUUUGAUCUUGAAGUUUCCCCAAAUUUGCUUAAUUGGCUUUAAGAGAUGGAUACCAUACAGUUGAAAGCACAAUAACUUUUUUGAACGAUUAUCUUAUCAAGAGGUGAUAGCCCAAAGCAAUGAUACCUGUGUCUUUUUCUAUAAAAUAUGGACCGAAACCAGUUAUCCAGUGUCAAGUCCUCUGCCCUUAGUGCUGUGUCUUGCUUCACUCAGCCUUUGUAUCUGAAUGAGUACCUACUACAUUGUCUCCUUGUGCUGAGUAAAUGGCAGUAAUAUAUGCAGGUAUUUACACAUGAAAUGUUUAGUGAACUAACCAAACACCAUGCUGAUACAAAAGGAGAAAUGGGAGUUAAAGAAGUUAAUGUCAGCUGGCUAAGGGAAAGCCUUCACUAAAAAAGUAUGGGGCUUUUUGAUUUUGAAGGAUGGCUGAAAUGUAGAUAAUGGAAGGGGGAAAUACAAUAAUGGGAACAGAUGAACAAAGAACCAGGGACAGAGAUUGGAGUGGUCCCUAGGGGUUAGGAGAGAAGGACAGUAGGGAGAUGGACUCGUCUGAAGUGUACACGUCAUACGGAGAGGUGGAGUAAGUGCUCAGAGCCUUGAAAACGAGGAAGAAUAGUUAAUUCAGAUGUGGAUAUGGUCAAUGGUAGAGAACUAUAGGUUCUUUGGUAAAGAUGGAACUUGACUGUAGCAUUUUAAGAAUAUUAAUUUGGUAAUGUGUUUGCUUGAAAUGAAGAAAAUGUUCUAGUAUGUUAUUGCUGGCCAGUGCAAAUAAGAUGGCCUGGAUUAGAACAGUAAUAGUAUAAGAAUGGAGAAGAAAUUAUGAAUUAGAAGCCAGAAAACAUGAAAUCUAAGAAAAGUCCUUCAGGUUUGUCUAGGUCUCUGGUGGUCUUUAAAAUGUAACUUUCAUAAAGGUACAGAUGGAAGCCAGAUUCCUAGGAUUCAUGAGGAAGUGUCAAGGAUAUGGAUACAGAAAUUAUUGAUAACUUACUUAAGACAUUUGGUAACUAAGGGAAGGAGAAAAAUAAGAUGUUUAUUAGAUGGGUGGUAGGUAUUAGAAUGCAUUGCUUUCAGAUAAGGUGGAUAAAUAUUCCAAAGCAAAACAUAAAGGGCCAAUUGAGAGGAAGACUUGGACAGUGCUAAGGAGAAGGUAGGCCAAUCCAUUAGGAUUACGGAUUUUGGUAGUGCUGGGAAGAGAGAAGUUCCUGAGAUGAGGUUAGGUUAUAGGUUUAGCUUUAGAGAGGAGGGCCUUGUUCUCUGUAAGAACAAGCAAAAAAUCUAGCAGAGAGUAUGCAAGAUUAGAGAAAAUGAAAAUAGAGCAAAGGACUCAGAUGAGUAAUUAUUGAAUGCGUGGUGUGCGAGAAUGGGAGUGAAGAGCAGAGAUGGGAUUCUGUAAAGAAAGGCGGUCAAAUAAAUCUGUAAGAAUAAGCCUAGAAGUGCAUCAAAGAGAAAUUCGAGAAUUGCUGAGUAAAGAUAAGGAUCAAAUUUAAAACUUGUAGAGUUCAAAUAGGUAUGGUCUUGUAUGUUUCUCUGGUUGUGCACAAAGCAUCAAGGAUAGACAAAGCAAAUAUUGAAAGUUUGGUUAAAAGAAGAAGAAAGGGAUACAAAGAUAUUCAAGAAGACAGCAUUGAGGGGUGCCUGGCUGGCUCAGUCGGUAGAAUGCACCUCUUGACCUUGGUGUCAUGAGUUGAAGCCCCACAUUGGGCCUACAGCCUACUUAAAGAUUGUAGAUAGAUAGAUAGAUAGAUAGAUAGAUAGAUAGAUAGAUAGAUAAUAAAAGUUUAAAAAGAAAAGAAGACAUCAUUGAAACACCUAAUCUUGUGGUCAAGAAGAAAAAGAACCAUUGGUGUGAGGGUGUUGAAGGGAGUUCAGUGACUUUAGAUUUUGGUGAGGAUAAAGAACAGGCAUAGUGUUGUUAAGGGACUGACAGAUUAGGAGACUGUGGUCAGUAUGAUGACCAUUCAGUAUUGAGCGGUGAGUGCGAACCAAGGAAAGGGUGGUAGAUAAAUGUCUAACAUUCCCCCUUUGGAAAGGUGGCUGGCUUUCACAACCCCUGUGAUCUCUUAUCUACUCACUUUUCUUCCAGUCAUUUCUUGAGAGUAAGAAUGCAGACUGCAUGAGAGAGAACUGAGAAAGCGUGAUACCACUUCGUGAAUCCUGGGUCAGGUUUUUGUAAGUCAAUGACCCAAAGGAAAACGUCCACAAUGGAAUAAACGUUUCUUCCUCAGCACAGCAGGGUGUGGAAGCAGAAUGUAGGGGAAGGCUUGGGAAGAGCCAGGGAUGAGACUGGACAGGUAUAGGUGAGCCCAGUGAGUGUGAGGGAUAGUAGACCUGUUUCAUGCUGUGGAAGAUUUAGAGGCAGUGGGUGUGGCACGUGAUGAGGCAGAGUUGAAGAGCCCAUGUUACAAGUGUAAGCUAGUUUCUCCCAAGUGCAAAACUGAAAAGAACCAGCUUUCCACUUACAUAGGGAAAGUUUCUCUUCUUACUUGGUGGUACUGGGUCAUUCUGCUUCAUAUAGCAGAUUGGAAUUAAGUACUAUAUUUUUGAAGAGUAGCAAAGAAAUUCAGAACUUUAUCAUAGAAGAUUAUAAAAGCAUCUUGACAGUUUGCCCCUCAAGAGAAUAUGCUAUGUGAAUAGAUAUAAACCUGCAAGUUACUGAACUAAUCUACUCUUAAGGUUUGUACACUUAGAUGUGACCUUUAGGAAAAAUUGCUGAAGAUAAUAAUGAAAAAGGGAUGGAGAUAGAGAUAAAUGACAUUUCUCCCUCAUUUAAUUAAUAGCAAAUACGCCUAGUUUGGAAGCACUCUUAAUUUAUUGACAUUAAAAUAUUUUUCAUUAAGUCAUCACUGGACUUGUUUCAUAUAUGUCAGCUGAAAUAUCAACUAUGACGUGUAAAAGUGGUAAUACCUGAAAGGGCAAAUCAUUGCUCAGAAAUACUGCUUGUGAAACUGUGCUGAUGGAUCGAGAAGCCACUGCUGCUUAGAUCUUCUUUCUGCCCUGUGAUUUGCUGCCACGAGUAUUAUUCUUAGCAACCAUAUAUUGCUGGAGAUACCAGGCUUUAAUGCCAGUGGAGCUCUUUCCAAAGAAUUCUCCUGAGAGUUCAGAAUUCAUAAGGGGAAUCUGUUCUGUUCCAUAGUGUUUUAGAGCAUCUACCCUGGGUUUGAGUUCCACAGAAAUCUAGUCUGUAACUGCUAGUUACCUAGAACUGAAGACAGGCCCAAGCAAUCUAAGCUACUUGAGAAUUGAACUGAAGUACCUGGAAGUUCCACGAAACAGCUGGAAAUAGCUGUAUUGAAAGAACCAGUCCAUUCUCUCCAGGUUCCUUCAGACCAUACUUCCUAAGGCAGCCAUUGACUUUACUUUGUUCUUAGUCCACUUGACAUUUUAUGAUUAUUCGAAGGGUUCCUGGAAGCUCUAACUGACCCAGGAAAGCACCGUGCUUAGAACAGUGGUUUUGCUCCAGCUCGUGUUUGGUACCCAGGCCCACUGUUGUGCUCUUUUAAAAAGCAACACCACAAAAGCUUUUUUCCCCCCGCCCCUCCAUAAAAUUUAUAAAGCCUUUAGAGCACCCAGUACCUUUCUUUGUUAUAUUGAGGUGAAACUCACAUAACAUACAAUGAACUGCUUUAAAGUGUACAAUUCAGUGGUCUAGUACUGUUAUUUAUCUCCGUGUUAAAAUAGCAAAAUAACGCACUCCAGCCGUGAGAAUUUUGACCAUUCCUUGUGGGGCUGUGUGCAUCUCAUCUAGUAGACUCGGUGUUUUACCUUAUAGGCCGAAAGGCAAAUAUUAAACCUUCAAAUACUCCAUAACUCUUCACAACAGUAUUACCUAAGCUGUGGGUAAAGCAACUUUCAUAGACUGCCCUUUCAAAAGGGGGAAGAAGGCAAGGAGCUGUUAGGUAAAAGAGCUUUAGUGUACAUGUUUUCCUGAGGAGGUAAAAAGGUUUGAAGCACCUGUCUGAAUAGUUUUCAAAUGGCAAUAAUAAUCUCUGUGUCUUUGUGACAUUUGAUUAGCGUUAUGUUAGAAAAGGUUUGCUUAGCAAAGGUAUACUAUAAGUGUAGCUCUCUCUAUGGAUGUGAGCUUGAAAGUGUGUGUGUGUGUGUGUGUGUGUGUGUAGGUUUAUAUUUAGUAAUUUUCAUUUAAAUCCACUUGGUGAAUGUAGCAGAGGAAAAAGUCUCAGGCCAUUUUUCUGCUACAUUUCGUAUUUAUUCCUGCUAUGUUCUGAUUAAUUCAUGUGUUUGGGAUAAAUGAUGCAUGUAUAGUCUGUUUCUAAAUUUAUUUUUAAAGAAAUACCCUAUUUAAAUGCAGUGAGGUUACAGUGUGGGUGCCCAUCUCACCUCUGGCCAUAUUUUAUAUGAACAAAUAUUUUCAUAGCUUUUUCUAAUCAGAUUUCACUCUCACUACUAAGCAUACCCAUCCCAUGUCACACUCUUUGGGAAAACCUAAGGAAAGGAUAGUAAGAAAACUUUGUAUUAGAAUAAAUUUCAGAGCUUUGAAAUCUGUGACAUAGUCUUUAACAAUCUGCCUUUUAAAGACUAAGUAAUAAUGAUAAUAAUAAACAAGGCUCAGAAGGAUUGUGAUUUGCCCAUAAUCACUUUCUAAAAACAAUUUAAAGUUCUCUUAGCCCUCACCAUCUGAAUUUGCUUUCAUACAUGUAACUCAAGGAGAAAAAAAAAACCUCAAGAUUCAGAAUAUAUCUCUUCUCUAAACUUUGUUGUGUCUUACAGUUUGAUUAUUAUAGUAGUACUCGCAAGUCAAGGGCUUUCAACUGUGAAUGUCAGUGCAAAUAAUGAAGUCUUUCAAAGUGUCCAUCUACUGACGACUGUUACCACAAAUCCUGUAAGUUGUGGAAACCUGUAUUAAAUGUGACCCAGUGAUCUUGGAGUAACUUCAGUGGGGGUGGUGGGGGGGCAUAACCUUGCAGGUACUCUCAAUGUAGACUUAAAUUAAUUACCAAUGUGAGAACUAAAAUAAAGGGUAAAACAGAGGUGGAAUUAAAUUUACCCAGGAUUUUCCUGCAGUGCCAAAGAGCAUUUAAGGACCAGCAUGCAUGAUCACUAGACUGGUGACAUCUCUAAUAUGACAGAAUGAAAAAAAAAAAAAAAUCUUACAGUAAUGGCACCAAGAUGUACUACACUCACACUAAAGCUGUCAUCUCAGACUCAUCUUGAAGAACUAUAUGCUACACCAUGUAAAAUGAUAGCAUAUCUGCUGAUAAUGUUUUCAAUCAAGGAGGUUGUUGUUUUCAGCAUAAUGAAACAGAGGGAAAGCUCCACAAGGAUUUAAAGAUGAUAAUACCAUCACCAUCUCCAAGAAGAAAUGCAGGAAAGCUGACUGCAAUCAACUUUUGUAGCCUAGUGCGGUUUCCUUGUAUGGUGAGAUCUUAUCCCGAGGACUAUGCUAACAUUGACACUCUGUUACUGGUCUUGCAUACUGAAAUCAUGUGUCUAUGGAGCAGAAUAUAGUGAUCUGGAACAUUACUGGGAUGUUUUUAAACAUUGUUAUUUUAUAUGUUGGCCCUUGUAAGAAGACCUACACCCUGGAGCUGUUAUUUUUUUCUUUAUUACAUCUAUACAUUGAGUGUCCAGCUAAAGGUAAAAGAGGCCCAGGGUUAUAACUUCAUCAAACCAAAUAGGAAGUUUUCUUACUGGCCUUAAGCAGAAUGUUGGGCUACGUACCAUUGUUCCACUUAUGUUAAAACAUAGGUUUUAAUUAAAACUUAAAAAUAUGGAUUACCGGUAGAUAUGCCCUAGCAGGCAUCCUUCCAACCCCCAGCUUAGGGUAAGCUUUACUACCAGGUGUGUUUCCUUUUACUUCCAAUCCAUUAAUAUUCAUUACCUAAUGUAACUGUGGUCUUUCCCAGACCUGGAUAGGUAUAACAUAUCUUGAAUUUUAGUGUAGUCAAUACUGUUAUGUGUAAACUCCAGAGACCUCACCUAUAUAUUAAAUGAGAGUUGAUUGGAAUGAAGCCUAUUACUAAAAUAAGCAAAGGUCUCAUAAUUUCCAAAUAAAUACAUCCAUUCCUGCAACCUUUAUUUCAUAACACUUCCAGGUUUUAAUUCUUGACCACCAUGAGUCUUCAUCCAAUACCUUGUGUUCAUUUCACUGUCCAGUUUUUUUCUUUCUUUGGCCAAACAAGAAAAUCCUCUUUCUCCGUGUAACUUUUCGCAGUUAGAGAGGGAGUUCUCAGCUCGAUCUUCAUGUGUACUCCCUGUAUGAUUUCCCCACAGGAUCCCUGACAGGCCUCAACUUUCCCUUUUCAAAGGAGAAAGCUGUCUCCCUCUCAGGCUGCUGAGUGUUUAUUCAGAGUCUCUGUGGUCACUUACCUCCUGGUUACCUCCCCGGUAACCAGUCUAUCACCUUUCAGCUAAUUUCCAAACUGGCAUUUAGUUUUAAGUGAUCAUAUAUCAUUUUUAUUUUCUUUCUCUCUUAAAAACAGCACAUUUGAACAGAAAGCAUAGUCUGAGUUUUGGAAUAGACUAACAACCAUUGUACUAUUAAAUGUUGAAUUGAUAGAAGAUUUUUGAUGUUGUAAGACCAUAUUAUCCACUUUCCCCAACUUCUGAGUGAUUCUAGCUCUUUUAAAAAUCAUUUAAUACUUCUAGACUUUAUGACUACGAUUCCGUGUUUUACAAAUAUGUGUAAUUUUUAAUUAAAUUUUUUUCCACUAAGAUGUUAGUUCUAGUUCAGUAUAAGGUUUCAGGAUAUGGCGAAAUAAGAAUUGUUUCUGAUUUGAAUUUGAGACUGUAUUCAUCUGAUCUUCUUUGCUUCCUGCCUUCUUCACAGUAGGGCUCAACAUUGAGAAUUGGUCUGUCAAGACCAUCUUUCGCAAUCUUUUUCAAAUCCAACUAGAAUAAAUCAUAGCUAAGGAUGAACACUUAAAUAAGUGUAUAUUUUAAAUGAUUUUUAAACUAAGGCCCCUUAGUGGACUGGUGGUGAGCAUUUGAGUCAUUUAAUUCAUCAUGGUGUUUUGAAUUGUUAAUCUCUACAGGAGUAUUAUCUUUUGUAGAUCCGGAAAGGAUGUGUUCUUAUUAAGACUAAUUCUUUUUAAAUUGAGACAUCAUUUGAGAAUUGGAAACACAGAAGUUUUUAGUUUUCCCUAGUAUGUGAAUAAGUGGUAAAGAGGAGGAAACAGCAAAAUAGUCUUUUUUUUUAAUUAGACAUUUUGUAUAGCUAAAAUCGCUAAAUUUUAAAAUAUACAUGCUUGGUUUGGAAAUCAAACAUUUAUUUGUAAAAGAGUCCCAAACUUUAACAAACAUCUCUUUGCUUGUAAAUAGUACAAUGAGGAAGAACUCUUAAAGAUGUGUGCUUGCUUGAUCUGUUGAGUUGGAAAUGUUUAUCACCAUAAUCAUCACCAUGACUAUACCCAUAUCUGUUUCAUUUAGUUUUAGUAUAAACUAAUGAGAAAGCUAUUUCAUUUCCUGAAUUUUUUUCCUGGAAAUUAAAAAAUAAAGUAAAUUAUUGUUUUAAUGCCUGAAAUGAUACUUUCUAAUCGAAGCAUGAAGUCAUAGCUGGGUUAUGAAGAAUUUGUCAAUUAAAAUCAUGUUUCAGAAAAUGGAUAAUUUUAGUCUUUUUUGGGAAUUUUUCUGACUUUGAUUUAAAUCCAUAAGAUAGGAGCCGUCUUUCAGAAAGAGAUGAGACUGAUCUUCAUUGUCAAAAUAAAAGUAAGCUGUGUAAUUAAAUGGACAAAAAACUGGGUUUGGUGUUUUUAAUAACUUUUAGAAAAUUUAGAAAUCUUUUAAUUUUGAAAAUUAUGAAUGUAAGAGAUCUUAGAAAUUUCAGUAGACACAUAACCAUAUGGGGAUUGCCUGCAUAAUAGGUAGCAAAAUACUUUGGUUAUGAAUGCAAACUGAAGAGGAACUCCUACCCCCAUAAAAAUGUGUUAUUGACGCUGAACAAUCAAAAGCUAUCACUGACUUUGUUCAGAAUGGCCAACCUCUAGUGGACCACUAAAGAAAACAAACAAGCAGAACAGCAUCACUUUUAGGAAAGAAAAUGAUACAGAGUAGACAUUCAGAAAAUGUUGAAUGAAAGCUAAUGGUUGAGAGAGUGAUAUUGGUGUCUGAUGACUUCUAGAGGCCUGCAAACCCUGGGUGUGCUUUGUGUUACAUGGGGACUUUUAGAAGAUUAACUCAGAUUCAAUUGCACAUGAGUUAUAACUUACCUCUUGGUUGUGCUGUGCUAUUCUUCAGUGUUGAUUUCCCUCACCACUCCACGAUCAGACCUCUCCUUCUGUCUUCUUUAUCUCGGAACUGUCGUCUUUGUCUUUCAACUCUGGAAACCUCAGCUCCUGACAUUUACUUGUUUCCUCACUACCACUCCCCCAAAACACACUCUCACAGUUUUUUAAAUGCCACCUAAUAACCUAAUAACUUUCCUUACUUCCAAUUUUUCAUUUGUGAAAUGUGUCUGUGUGUGUGUGUGUGUGUGUGUGUGUGUGUGUGUGUGUGUAUAAGUUGUACAUCUUCCCCCUUACAACAGGCACAUAUAUACAAUUCAGAAUGUCUCUACAAAAUAUUUUUUUUCCCCCAGAACUCUUCAUGAGUAAAUGAUGAGCCGUUUGGGGAGCUCAAUACUUUCUUAAAUAGAGAGCUCUUUUAAGGGCAACCUCUGACACGUAUUUUGACUGGACAAUGAAUGCCUUUCUUAAAACAUAAAGCUCACACUUCAAUAAUCCAGAUGUGAUCAGAUAACAGAUCUAUUUUUGUCAUUAAAACUACUUUUGUUACCCAUAUUUACAUAAUCCUUAACAGUUUACAAAGUUCUUUUAUAAAAAUACUCUGUGGAGUGGGUAUUACCUCCCUUUUGUAAGUGAAGAAACUGAGGUUCAGAGUGGUUAUCACUUGCGAUUUGCCUGUCAUAUAAUUGCUAAUUUAGACAUUGUACAUCUAUUUACAUGGUCUUAAUGUUACCAUUUUAGAAAAUCCAUUACCCAUUUGUCAUAUCAAAUAUGAGCCUAUUGAGUAAAACCACUAGAUCCUUUUUUCAUACGUAUGACUCAUUAGUUAGAGCUCUUUCAUCCUGUACUUUCCUAAUGCAUUUGUAAAAAUCUGGACGCACAGACCUAUUAAAUUUUGUGUUUAGAUUUGGUGUAGUUAGAGUAUACUCUUUGUGUAUCACCAUCUUACAAGUUUGUCUAAUGAAGGAACUAUGAUUGUAAAGAGAUAAAUGUUAUUGGUAACAUUAUUAAUAACAUUUGUGUGAAGAAUUUGAUGAUUUUUAAUUGAAUAGUUGUUUUAUUACUGAUUCUGCCAUCUCUAGAAUUUGCUUUCAUUUGCAUAUUUAAAUUAACUUUGUAGGUUUUGGUGAGCAUGAUAAAAAGCAUGGAAUCAAAGAUAAGGGAAGCAGUAUCACAGAAACAUUAUUUUUAAAAAAUUCUAUUCAAAUUCCAGUUAACAUACAAUGUAAUAAUAGUUUCAGGUAUACAGUAUAGUGAUUCAACAAUCCAUACAUACAUUUGCAUACGUCACCCAGUGCUUAAUCCAAGUUCAGUCCCUAAUCCCCAUCACCUAUUUAACACCCCCCCCCACCCCCACCUCUUUUCUGGUAACUGUCAUUUUGUUCUCUAUAGUUAAAAGUCUGUUUUCUUGGUUUGUCUCUCUUUUCUCUUUUUUUCCCUUUGUUCUUUUGUUUCUUAAAUUCCACACAUGAGUGAAAUCAUAUGGUAUUUGUCUUUCUCUAAGUCGCUUAGAUUAAUGUUCUCAAGUUGCAUCCAUGUCUUUGCAAAUGCCAAGAUUUCAUCCAGCCAUGUCUUUGCAAAUGGCAAGAUAUCAUUCUUUUUUUAUGGCUGGGUAUUGUUCCAUUGUGUGUGUGUAUAUGUGUGUGUGUGUGUGUGUGUGUACACGUGUACACAAACACACCACAAUUUCUUCAUCAAUCUGUGGACACUGGGUUGGUUCCACAUCUUGGCUAUUGUAUAUAAUGCUGCUAUAAACAUUGAGGUGCAUGUGUCCCUUUGAAUUAGUAUUUUUGUAUUCUUGGGGUAAAUACCCAGCAGUGCAAUCGCUGGAUCAUAAGGUACUUCUCUUUUUAAAUUUCUCAGGAACCUCAAUAAUGUUUUACUCCAUAACAGUGGCUACACCAGUUUGCAUUCCCACCAACAGUGCAAAAGGGUUCCCCUUUCUCCACAUCCUCGCCAACACCUGUUUUUUCUUGUGUUUUUGAUUUUAGCCAUUCUGACAAGUGUGAGAUGAUAUCUCAUUGUAGUUUUGAUUUUUGCAUUUCCCUGAUGAUGAGUCAUGUUGAGCAUCUUUUCAUGUGUCUGUUGGCCAUUUGUAUGUCUUCUUUGGAAAAAUGUCUGUUGAUGUUUUCUGCCCAUUUUUUAAUUGGAGUGUUUGUUUUGUAUGUGUGGAGUUUUAUAAGUUCCUUAUAUAUUUUAGAUACUAACCCUUUAUCAGAUAGAUAUGUCAUUUGCAAAUAUUUUCUCUCAUUCCUUUAGUUUUUUAGUUUUGUUGAUUAUUUCCUUCACUAUGCAGAAGCUUUUUAUUUUGAUGUAGUUCCAAUAGUUUAUUUUUGCUUUUUUUCCCCUUGCUCAGGAGACAUCCCCAGAAAGAAGUUGCUAUAGCUGAUGUCAAAAAAGCUAUUACUGCCUGUGUUCUCUCCUAGGAUUUGUAUGGUUUUAGGUCUCACAGUCUUUAAUCCAUUUUGAACUUGUUUUUGUUUUGGUGUAAGAAAGUGGUCCAGUUUCAUUCUUUUGCAUGUUGCUGUCCAGUUUUCGCAACACCAUUUGUUGAAGAGACCAUCUUUUUCCCGUUGGAUAUUCUUUCAGUUUUGUCAAAGAUUAAUUGACCACAUAAUUGUGGGUCCAUUUCUGGGUUUUCUGUUCUGUUCCACUGGUCCAUGUGCCUAUUUUUGUGCCAGUACCAUACUGUUUUGAUUACUACAGCUUUGUAUUAUAACUUGAAAGUCCAGUAUUGUGAUGCCUCCAGCUUUGUUUUUUUCAAGAUUGCUUUGGCUAUUUUAGGUCUUUUGUGGUUUCAUAAAAAUUUUAGUUUGUUUGUUCUGGCUCUGUGAAAAAUGCUGAUGGUAUUUUGAUAGGGAUUGCAUUGAAUGCUUUGGGUGGUAUACUUUAACAAUAUUUGUUCUUCCAGUCCAUGAGCAUGGAAUGUCUUUCCAUUUCUUUGUGUCAUCUUUAUUUUCUUUGAUCAGCAUUUUAUAGUUUUCAGAGUACAGAUCUUUCACCUUUUUGGUUAGGUUUAUUCCUAGGUAUCUUAACUGGUUUUGAUGCAACUGUCAAUGGAAUAGCAUCGCAGAAACUUUUAGGCUGACACACAGUAGAUUCUGUGAAAAGUCAUCUAAACACCGCUGUUAUCCAGUGCUACACUUCACAUCUUGUCGCAAAAGAUUACCAUCAGAAGACUUACCAGCAACUGCUAAAUUCAAGAUACAUAAUACUUAGGGUAUCCUAGAAAGCCCAUCCAGAGAAUAAAUUAUUUUGAUAUGAUUGGAUCUUUCUGGAAAUGCAUUUUGGCUCUCAUCACUUUAUUCCAUUUGUUUUAUGGAAUUGAUGUGUCAGUGGGACGGAGAUACGGCUGGCUUUAAAGUCUGGAGUUUGGGCAGGCAGUAGAAGAAAGAGAACAUGGGACAAAGAAGGAGGACAUUUCCAGUGGAAAACAAUUGUCAGGAUAAGCUGCCUCCACACUACCUGUUCUGCUUCAAAAUUAAAGUUUAACUUCCUGUGUAUUUCAGUUGGAAGGGACCUAAGGUUCUAGCCAAAAUGCUACAUAUUAUUUUCCAUGGAAAAUGCCCCAAAUGCAAGCUAUAGAGGAGCAGUGCUUGUUAAACUGUUGAUUUCUAAAGAAACCAUCCAGCUCCUAAUCUGUUUCAGAAUUUUCCCAAGAACUAAUUAUAAGCAUGUAGCUUCUAGAAUCUGCCGUCUUCUCCUUUUCAGGCACUUAACAGUGGUUUUGUGAUCACAUCUGUGAGGAUUAAUUCCCUGGAGUAGAAUUCAUUUUGCACCUAAAGAUUUUAAACUCAUUUAAAUUGAGUGAAUGUGGGUUUUUUUUGUUUUUUGUUUUUCUACUGUCUUUGCAUCUUUACUAACUUACAGUUCUCUUCAUGUUGCUUAAUCUGUCCUUUCUGGUUUGAGGAUUGUGCUCUUUUUGUAAAGAAGAUGGAAAAGAAGCAAAAUAAGCUGGGACUGCAUAGCUCUGCCUUCUCUUGGGCCUUAGCAUUGUGACAUCAGGCUGAGCAGUGGCUUUUCCUACUUUUCUCCUGUUCCAAACUUAGCUUUUUCUUGCCUUCAGCAUUUUCAACAAGCUUCAGAUCAUUACAUAUUCUGAUUUUAGUCCUCAAGGAUUAUGACACUCUUAUAUACAGGUAGGUUUUUUACCUCCAUCCAUCUUUUCUAAGCUUUAUUUUCAAAUCUAAUUCCAUGUGAUUCUCCCAGUGCAACAGCUGGUUCCUUUAGAUUUCUCCUCAAUUUCUUUCCCUUAUUAGAAUCAUUUAUUCUUGCAUAAUCAGAAAGUCAUAUCUUGGCAUCUUCUGUGGCCUGUGAAUCACUGCCUCCUAUAACCAUGGGACCACCCUGAGCCAUCCUUUUUUUUUUUUUCUUAAAUACCUUUUUUGGAAAGCUGUCUUCUCCAAAAACCUGGAAGCAAAUAUUCAGGGCUGUUCUGUUAGGAAACAUUAAAUACCUGUUGAGGUCCAGGUUUGGGAACUGUUCACUAUAUGCAAAGAGGGUUAAAUCAAGCUCCCUUUCCUGGAGGAGUUCGUAGUGAAUUAGAAGAAAGCCAGUACAUAAACAAGUAAUUGCAAUGUACUGUGGUGAUCGCAGAAAUAGCCAGGAUGCCUGCCAUCCAGGAACUCAAGUCUAGUUAUUCUCUUCUUGUUUCUGUAAAUCCUAAAAUUAGGUCACAGACUAUUAGGCGUCUGUUACGUUCACAAUAGCCAACUGGUUCUUUGAUGGUCAGGAAGUCAGUUUUACUAGGAUUAUUUUCUUCUAGCAGAUUCAGAUCUCAGACGUGUUAGGGUAGUUUACACACCCCCAUGUCUGUGUAGUUUUGUCAUUUGUCUUGGUGAAACCAUAUUCUGAUGAUCACUAUACCGUCUCCUGGAUGAUAAGCCCUCUCAAUCAUCCUUGGGUCUCUUCACUGUGCUUCGUUCUUGGUGCUCAGUUUUGUGUUCACUUGACUGCUUUUCUUUACGCUUCCAAUUUUCAGAUUUUAUAGAUUUCUUAUACUUGAUUUCUGUCCCUCCCCAUCCCUUAGCUCUGUUGCUUGUAUGUCCUAGUUCACGGUCCAUCUAAUCCAGGCUGUAAUGCUUCCAAGAAUGUAUUUAUCUUUUGCAUUAACUUUUAUUUGUUUCUCAUUCUCUAUAUAGCUUUCUAUAUAGACAUCUUUCCGUAAGUAUUUUUCCAUUUUUUACAAACAGAUUCUUCUCCCUUCGAUCCUUCCUAAGACAAACAUCUGGAUUUUUUUUUGGUUCUCUUUAAAUGAUCCGAUUCUCCCCUAAAACAGAGUUUCAGAACAUUCUAGUAGAGAAAAAGUUACAUACACAUUGUGUAAAACACAUCUACUUGUAGUUCAAAAUGCUUCUACUGUAUUUUAGAUCAGCUGCUCCUGCUACUCUCUGUUCUGUGUGAAUGCCCAGUCCUCUUCACUAGCAGCUUCUCUUGCCCUGAGCUUUUCAGCUCACCACCGUUUAUCCUGCACACAGAAUGGCACAAUAGUCCAUUUUCUUCUUUAUGCCCACAGGACUUUGUUCAUACCAGAAGAGCAUUUAUUGUCAUCCGAGCAACCCUUAUUUAAUCUUGGUGCAUUGGAUUUUAAAAAGUGCACAUGCCAGUGCACACACAUCUCAAGCACUAUUGAAAACAUGUCAUCAUAGUGGCUCCUUUCCCUCAGUUUACAUGCACAGAAGCCUUUGGCCCCCCAAACCUAGCUGAUUCCUGCUUUCAGAAAGAUUUGCAUCUAUUUGGAGAGAAUGAUUUGAGUCAUAGCAUUCUACAGAUAGGAAUUAAACAAGCUUUCUAGGGGAAAGUGAUUUUUCAGCUCUUCUCAAGUUCAGUCUUUGAUUCAGCAGAUAUCUUGAAGCACAUCAUGUUUCUAAGACACUGAGCAACGUGAUGAAGCGUGUAUAAAAUGUGCCCUUACAGGCCUUGCAGUAGACUUGAGAGGUGUGAGUACACGUAAGGGUGAACAGCAGCCACAUUGGUGUCACAGCACAGUUUGCUGCCCAGUGAGUGUGAUCCAGCCCGCAAGUGCUGUUCUCGAAUGAUCUGAGCGGAAGAGAAAAGACUUAAACUUUUGGAAGAUUGAGUAAAAAUUAAUUGAAGAGAUCGGGAAAGCAUUCUAGACCAGGAGAAAGGCACAAAGUAAAAGCAGAGUCCGGGAAGCCCAGGCCAUCUUUAGCUGGCCCUCUCCUGUGUGUGUUAUUUCGGCUUCCUUCUAUUAGUAGUAAUAAAUUUUGGUUUUUGUAUUAUUAUUUUUUUCAGGUUCUUCUGCCCUCAAGUUUUUUUCAUUUGAGUUCUUAGAAUUUUUUCACUUAGUUUAAUCUCUACCUUCAAAUCUAUUAAAUCCUUUAGUUUUUUGUGCCCCAGAAAAUCCACUCUGCAGUACUGGUCUGCCUUGCUUUAUAAUAAGCAUAAUCCUAGAAAUUUGAGUGGCAGUUCUUUUUGUUUAAGUAGAAUAGUAUUUUUUCAUAAACCUGAAAGAAUUUAUUCACAAAAUAGUCAUUUUCCCUGCAAAUCUUAGUUAAUAAAUUGAAAUGAUUUCUGUGGCUCACCUAAAAAGUACAGCAUGCCGAUAUGAUAAAGCUCUCUUUCAUGUUCUGGGAGGAGAAAUUUUGUAGGCUCUUUAAAGUUUGGUUUAACACAUAGGGCAAGCAUAAGUCAUUUAUAUUUGAGUUGCUUAGAGAUAUGUCGAAGCUGGAGAAAGUUUAGGCUUUCUUAAAAUCAUAUACUGAUGGAGACGCAUUCCAAAACUGACAGGAAAUAAUAUACGUAACAGGGUGAGGUGGGAGGGCUAUAGAGAGGGGUAGAGUGCCUGAGACGGAGUGACUGUGUGUGUCCUUCUAAAAAUGCAUGAACAUUUGAGAAUCCAACUGGCAAGGAGUAACCACAGUGGGAACUGGAUUUCAAAUGUACAAUCGCUUGUACCAAGAAAGCUUUGUUUCACUAAGUAACCUAGCCACUGGAGGGAGCCUUUGACUUUAAACUAUAGCGGACAGCAGUAAAAGAAAGGAAGAUAAAAGCUUUUAGGAAAACAAGAUCAGGUUGCCAAUUGAGGCUUUGAGGAGUAACCAAAAGCUUUAAAUAAAGCUGAAAAACUGAAGAGCAAAAUAAACUGAUGGGCAUAUUUGGGACUCUCAAUGACUAUUGCCCAGUUGGGGUGGGUUUGACCCACUGAUAGAAAUUUAACUUGAAAUUCAAGAGGUCUCUCGCCCUAGGGGUUGCAGGUAAGAAGGGAGUAGCCUAAGGCCAAAUAUGCGGAGAGGCAGGCCUCCAAGAGGAGACAGAAAAUCCUGACCUGGUGGUCCAGAUUGUAGUAGAGGAAACAAAUCCUUGGGAUGGCCUUUUGUUUUCAGGUUCCCUUGCGUGUUUUUUCUCCUCAUGUUGUCAUUAGACACAGAUCUCUGUCUUCAUGCUUAGCAGCAGGUGCUGGUUUUCAAAUGCAGUCUUACAUGGCACCCUAAUAUGUGAAAUAGAUAAAAGCAAGAUGGGGAGAUGGGGGAAGGACAGGUCGUCCUGGUCCCCUGUCCCCUCGACUUUCUCCACAGGGGCUCCUGAGAUGGUUUUGCAGGCCGAAACCAAUUUGGAAACCAGUCUUCGGGGUGAAGAUUUUAUGCAAACUUGAAAAACUCAUUAGCUUGCCACCAGUGACAACUUACAAAGAGCAGAUUUGCCCACAGUUUUGCUAUCUGUAGCAAAGUUUUCAAUUCAUAAUGAUGAACACAUUGCAGUGAAACUGAGGAACAGAAAGGAAAGAAACCCACUCAGCCACUAUAAUGCUGGGUGUUCUUGCCUAAGCUGUUAAUCUUUUCCUGCUUUAUGAUUUUCUGUGAAAGAUCUGAUGUCAGAAUACAGCUUAGUUUUAUUUCAUAAUAUACUUGACCCUCAAAUAACACAGGGGUUAGAGGCACUGACCCCCCGUGCAGUUGAAAAUCUGUGUAUAACUUCAGACUCCCCCUCCCCAGACUCAGCUAUUAAUAGCCUCCUGUUGACCAGAAGCUUUACCAAUAACACAGUCGAUUAACACAUAUCUUGUUUGUUAUAUGUAUUAUCUAUUGCUUUCUUACAGUAAAGCAAGCUAGAGAAAAUAAAAUGUUAUUAAGGAAAUCCUAAGGAAGAGAAAAUAUAUUUAAUAGUGCUCUACUGAAAAAAAGUCCACAUGUAAGUGAACCCGUGUGGGGUCAGGGUCAACCAUGUAGCCAUUGCUUAUAAAACAUGUCUCUUCUGUACAUCCUAGUUAAUGGUUGGACUAGUCUGGAGUUAUGUAAAAAUACCAAAGAUGGUUUCGACCUGUUGUGGAUGUUUCAGGCUCGGGGUGUCUAUGUAGUAACAAAAACAGCUCCACGCGUGCAUGACUGCCCUUGUUCUUUCCCCCUAGACAUUUCCAUAAGUGUGCCUCACUGGCCUCUCUUUUUACUGAACUUGAUAGCAUUUAAUGGUCACGUACAACCCUGUGACAUUUCUUCUGUUGCUCUUCCGGUGAUGUUGAACUUUUCCCGUAUCUGCAUUGUCUCACUGUCUAGACUUUAAACUCCUUGAGAACAAGAGACAAGGGUUUUAAGUUGUUUGUUCUCCUUGCAUACCGUACGCCGUCAGUAAAUAGUUGCUUUGACUUUCGUCUUGGCAGUCUUAACACAUACAUUUUAUAAUCUUUGUUGUUGCCCCAAACUGGAUUUGUCAACUUGCUUCGUGUGCUGUGAUCAACUUGUUAUGGACUGGGUGUUAGGUAAUCAGCAAGCUGGCUGAAUUUUAAACAUAAUUUCUUCUUUCUGGUGUUCUGAUCCACAGAAACAUAGUAUACUGAUACUCCUCACAUCAUGGCAUAUGAGAAUGUAGUAUGUGGCAUCUUGAAGGUACUUUAAAUUGUAUGUCUUUGAGUUCUGUACUGAAAAAUAAAACGACUGCAAACAAUUUGA